UAUGCCCUCCGACGAUAUAUAUUCUUUGUCCUCGAGGUUCCCGACUUCUAUGGUCUCGGCUGGAAUUCUGGAGCUCAGAUUUCCCACUCUCCGUCGUCUCCCCCGUCCGAAGAUUUCUGUCGAGGAGUUGGAAAUCUGCUGACGCUUCUCUGAUGUCGGAAAUUUAGGAGCUUCCUGUUGUUGGACCCGGUUCCUCCCCUGGUCUGGUCAAUUUCUGCUUCCGUGAUCAUGCCGGGAAUCCCAAGGGAUGGAAUCGUUGUGAACGAGGCUUCUCAUGAGUUGAAUUCUUCUAACGUCAAAGAGAAUUUGUCCACCCAAAAAUCUCCGGAUGCUUCUCCGAGCCGAAAGACUGCUCCAGGUGAGGCUGCCAAUGUGCCCGUUGAGACUUCUAAUGAGCCGUCAAUUGAGCAACUUUAUGAUAAUGUAUGUGAGAUGGAAAGCUCUAGUGACGGGUCACGGUCCCGGCACAGCUUUGGUUCUGAUGGAGAGGAGUCGAGGAUUGAUUCGGAGCUGCGCCAUCUAGUAGGUGCAGAGAUGGAAGCUAUCCGAGUGAUAGAAGAAGAGGAGGAUGGCACCAAUGUGGGAGAAGAAAUACAAAAUGGUUCUGAUGGUAAGAAACAAGAGGAUACCGUGAAGGUUCAUUCUCCAAAUGUGUCCUCUGGAUCAUCUAAGAAGUCGAGAAGGCCUAUGCAGUUACAGUUGGAAACCAGUAUAUCCGUGAAAUCUGACACAAAGAAUGGAAGAUCCCCUGACAAAGAUAAUGAGAAUGAAGUGACGGCUAAUGUUGGAGUUGGCCUUGCAAAGAAAAUAAAUAAUCGUUCGAAGGGAGAUGCAAAGUCGCAUAAUGGAACCGCGGACCCAUCUGACACAGGUUUAGACAACCCUGAUCUAGGGCCUUUCCUCCUUAAGCAUGCAAGAGAUUUAAUUGCUUCUGACAACCCAAGAAGAGCCCUGAGGUAUGCCCUCCGAGCAGCCAGGGCAUUUGAGAAAUGUGCUGGUCAGAAGCCAAACUUGGACUUGGUCAUGAGCUUGCAUGUUAUAGCAGCAAUCUAUUGCAAGUUAGGAAAGUUUGGGGAGGCUGUUCCUGUUCUUCAAAAGUCUAUUGAAAUUCCAGUCCUUGAAGAAGGCCAAGAGCAUGCCCUUGCUAAAUUUUCUGGUUAUAUGCAACUGGGCGACAUUCAUGCCAUGCUGGGUCAGCUAGAGAGUUCGAUACAAUGCUACACCACGGGGCUACAAAUUCAGAAGCAGACAUUGGGAGAUAUGGAUCCUCGGGUUGGUGAAACUUGCCGUUAUUUGGCUGAAGCUCAUAUUCAAGCACUGCAAUUUGAUGAGGCAGAGAAGUUGUGCCAGAUGGCUCUCGACAUCCAUAGUGAAGGCGGCGAAGCAGCCUCUCUAGAAGAAACAGCAGAUAGGAGACUCAUGGGUCUCAUCUGUGACACCAAGGGCAACCGUGAAGUGGCUCUUGAGCAUCUAGUGUCAGCAAGCGUGGCUAUGGUAGCUAAUGGCCAGGAAACAGAGGUGGCUUCGGUCGACUGCAGCAUAGGAGAUAUCUAUCUCUCACUGGGUCGAUAUGAUGAGGCUGUCUUUGCGUAUCAGAAAGCACUGGUUGUCUUUAAAACCACAAAAGGAGCUAACCACACCACUAUUGCCUCUGUCUUUGUGCGACUUGCUGAUCUGUACAAUAAAAUAGGAAAGUUUAAGGAAUCUAAGUCUUACUGUGAAAAUGCUCUCCGCAUUUAUGGAAAGCCUAUUCCAGGGACCUCUUCAGAGGAGAUUGCCGCCGGACUGACGGAUGUGUCUGCCAUAUAUGAGUCAAUGAAUGAGCAUGAGCAGGCACUCAAGUUACUUCAGAAGGCCUUGAAGAUGUAUAAUAGUUCUUCUGGUCAACAAAGCACGAUUGCUGGAAUUGAGGCACAGAUUGGUGUACUAUACUAUAUCUUAGGGAAUUAUGGGGAGUCUUAUGCUUCCUUUAAGAGUGCAAUAGCUAAGUUUCGUGCUUGUGGGGAGAAGAAGUCUGCUUUCUUUGGAAUCGCUUUAAACCAGAUGGGCCUAGCUUGUGUACAGAGGUAUGCAUUAAAUGAGGCAUCAGAAUUGUUUGAGGAAGCAAAGAGCAUUCUUGAGCAAGUAUGUGGACCAUAUCAUUCUGAGACACUUGGAGUUUAUGGCAAUCUUGCUGGAACCUAUGACGCAAUGGGAAGGUUGGAUGAAGCCAUUGAGAUCUUGGAAUACAUUGUCGGACUCAGGGAGGAAAAGCUUGGAACAGCUAACCCGGACGUAGACGAUGAGAAGAGGAGGCUGGCCGAGUUGCUGAAGGAAGCCGGGAGAGUCAGGAACAGGAAAGCCAGGUCACUGGAAACUCUCCUUGACACCAAUCCACGCGUUGUAAAGAAAGAUGCCACUCUGCAUGAAGCAUGAUGUAUAUUUCCAGAAUUAACUGUUGAUGCACUGAUUCUUUUUAAUACUCUCUAUUCUUGUACUCCAGAGGACAGAGGGCUGUGUGAUUGCAAGAUUCUGUUGUAUAUGUGUCAUUAUAAUGGUUACUCGAUCGGUUCUUUUGAUCUUUUA